CAUCGGCUGCGGCAAUUUCCAAAGCAAGACCUCAUCAAACACAUCCAAGCACCUUACGUCAAACGACGUUCGGCCGUGUACGCUACUAGGUCACGGCUUAGUUACCAGAACAACGGCAUCUCAGUCACCUUCUGAAAGUUAUUUGGUACUCUCGUGUUUCUGCAGCACCUGGUGCGGAUGGUAGUAUCUAGUGUUGCACCAUUAAAAACUGUAACUUGAGAUGGAAUCGCGCCUGCAGCUGUUCAAGCUUAUCCCCCUCACACAUUAGGUUUUUGGCUGGCAACCGUGAAAGCUGGAAGACACAAGCGGUGUCGUCAACACGUCGCGCAAUAUACGGGGGAGUGUAGUGCUGCUGGCGGACUGUCGACUGCAUGCAUUGCAGUAACUCCGGCGACAGUCCCUUUCACCCGCUCUCAGCUGGUUUUCUUCGAACUGGGCGUAUCCAGUUCCGUUGUUGUUUCUACGGCUCCAGUGCGUUGCCUCUCGCCCAUAUUAUACACUUUUUUCUUGAAGGACCUUCUGUGCACCGUCUUUUUCCAGUGGUAUUUAGCACAAUGCUUCGCUCUUGUGCGCGGCUCGCAACGGCGGCCGCUGCGGGCCCGGCAAGGGCAGCCGCUCGCUCAACCGCCGAAGUUCCGGAUGUUCUUGUUACCUUUGGAACCCAGACUGAGAAAAUCACCUUUGUCAGCCACCCAGGCGUCAUGGCCGUUUCCAAGCUUCUGGAGAUGGACUACCUUACCGAGCACCGAGCAAUCCUUACACAGGAGAACGUCGACGCCAUCCGCGAGUACGACGAAGAACUUGCGAACAAGGCGCAGAUUGCCGUCGACAACAACAUCCCGGUGAACUUUCAGAGCCUCGAUUACUUCGACCGACAGGAAUUUGUUGAAAUGCACAAGAAGGAAGAGGCUCUGCUGAAGAAAGCUCGCGAAGAUGUUCUCGCCGCUCCACGAGGACAGUACACAGUCCCCAGCUACGUGGCAGAUUACUCACCUAUUGAGAUUCCACGCAAGUAUCGUACCGACCUCGAGCUGACCGAGGAGAUGGUUAAAGUGGAUCCGGCUCUUCGCAUGCAAACAGAAUUACGAGACAUAAUCACGGACUACCUCGUCGGCGGAAAGAGCAAGGCAGCUGCCUCUGUGACUGGCGGCGAGAAGAAACAGAUUGCGUGAAAGCGUCUGUUUCUCCAGUCAGAUAAAGGUCUACCCGAUGCUCUUUUUGCAAUGUUAAAAUAUCUGAUCCCUCACCAGUAUCGAUUCUUUUUUUUUGUUAAGCUGUUUGAUGAGGCAGAGAAAUCAAACGUGGCUAUACUUCGGUCUCUGGGGUGUCUGCAACACCCUCGCAACCGUUCACUCCUAGCACGACUUCAGUCCGUGCAACAGGAAACAGACAAGCGCUGAACUGCCUUUCAACGAACUCACGUCCAGUGUAACACUCUAAAAUGUCUCAAAGGAUGUGACACUCUCAAGUCAUUGCACUGACAUCGAGCUGGCGCGACGGUAGGAAGUGGCUGUGUUAAAAGUGGCUGUGUUAAAACGACCUGCACCUGGGAAUCCACAAGCCGAGUCAGCUACAACUGUGCUGCCACUCGUGAUUCUGGUAAUUGGCAUUUGACCGCCAAUUGACUCGUUUCCGCGAGACGGUCUUCUUGGACAGCUUUUUCGGAGUGAAUUCUUUCGUUUCUGUUCGUUAGUCACUAAGAACAGAGGGUCGAAGAAGACUAGAGACGAACAGGAUAUCGACAGUA